CAGCGCUCUAAUGGACACGCUCAUAACCCCAUUAUCGGAGCGAGCGGACGAGUGGCGGCGCGGCGCGUGCUCGUCGAGUGGCGCGCUGAGUCGCGAGCACGCGCGCGAAUGCAAGCGCGCGCGCGCAGAACUGCGCCGACGCGUGCACGACGCGCAGAGGCACGCGCGAAAAGCGCGCCGCGCGCCGCCCGACGCUAAGAGGAGGGCUGAUGUUUGUAUACAGGAUAUUCAGGAAAGGAAGCAACAGCUAGAAGAAAUGGAAGAGAAGGCAGUGAAGGCAGCGCUGAUCGAGGAGCGAAGCCGCUUCUGCCACUUCGUCUCGCUUCUCAACCCAGUGGUGGAGUGUGAAGUGGCAAUGCUAGCGGAAGUGGGCCAUCUGCAGGAAGGCAGCGAGCAGCUGAUCCGACACACGGCAGAACCUAGGACCUUACCCGCUGCCAGUCUACAGGUGAUAUGCGACAUCAAAUCCUGCUACAGCGGCUGGGCGGAGAGCGGAUCCGCGCCUCACUCGCCGUCGACGUCGUCGCGCCUCGGCAGCCGCAAGUCCUCACUCACGUCCAUAUCGUCGCUCAACAGCCAGUGCUCGGAGCCGCACGGUGUGUCGAAUUCGAACGCGAACUGUUCGACGCCAAUCUCAAACGUGACUAUGGCUGGCACACUGAGUGCAGCGGACGACAGGCACUGUCUAUCACAGAGCGGGUCGCGGCUGGCGGGCGCCGGCAGCGCCGACUCCGGCUUCCGCUCGCAGGACGCUCUGCAGCGCCGCAACUUGUAUCAUCACGAUGGUUCCGACACCCAGAGCAUAAGCAGCGAAUGCAUCGGGCUGGACAACGAGCGAGCCGGCUUAGACCUGGAAAGGGAUGUUCAUAAUGCCGCGUCGGCGACGUGGCCCGACCUGAAAGACACUGCGCAGUUCGAACGCGCAGCCUCUGCUAUCAUGGGAGGCCGGCCGCACACUAUCUCUGCAGCGUACUCGCGCCAAGCGCCGCGCGCGACACUAAGCGCGCACACUUUCGCGCACUCCGAGCUCGACGUGCAGCGCGACGCUAUACAGGCGCGCCCGCCGCUGCCCACGCGAUGCUCAUCUUUAGAACGACCCGCCGUCCCAGCUAAGUCGACUAAUGCCAACACCGGCCAGCAAGAGUUCAAGCCAACUAAACCUUCGUCGCUACCGCCACAUCUUACUAAAGAGAUGCCGGCGGCGCUGUACGUGAACAUGUCUGAACUGGCGACUUUAGCUGCCUCGCGCGCGCAGCAACACAACGCGGAACAUCCGCAUCAAGAGAAGGUAUGCUCAGAGAGCAGUGCUAGUGAAUCGUCCCUAGAGUCUUCGAGCGGCUACGGCAGCCAGGGUGCCUUCGCGGCGGAGGACCACGCGUUACAGCAAGCGCAGCAAGCUGACGUCGAGUCCGAAAUCGUGACGUUGCGUCGCGAUAGUGACGCGUCAGUGGCAGCAGCGAGAGAGAGCUUCUCUAUCUCACUCGGCAGCCUCGAGGAAGCAGUGAGAUCGCUAGACGAAGCCAGCGAGAGCCCAUCAUUUGCCACCAUUGGGAAAAAGCCGGCGGUACCGAAGAGGCGGCCCGUGUCAAUGACCGCGACAGUAUGGUCGAGGAGAGGUUCCUCGAGCUCCCUGGGGAAGCCUCCUCCUCCGGUCAGGAGGUCGUCCUCCAUAUCCAGGCCUCAGAGACCACCGUUCGCUCAGGGCAACAACCAAUCGCCUCAGAUGUCAACGGACGCGGACAACUUGCCGCCGCCGCCGGCGUUCCUACUUCAGCCGGACAACGAAACUAAUUCUGCUCACCCCGGCAUAAACGUGGCCGAAACAGUGAAGCAACUAACCGAACUGAAGCAUAUGCCGGCCUCUCCCGGCCUGGUCCGUCGCAGUCUGCAAGCCCAGAACUCCCCGCACACGCCCCAAACGCCCCACACACAAAGCCCCACGCAACCUUCUCUGUCCACCUUCCAGCAAGCCAAGUCGAACUUCUCGUCGAACACCAGUUUGAACAGCACGGGGAAUUUGAACCCGAUAUACGGGCAGACAGGACACCGUAUAAUGGCAUAUGUCGAGAACUCAGUGUAUGUCAGGAAGAAUAGCCUGAAUAAUUCCAGCUCGGACUUGUUCAGGGAGGCUAAUGCAGCAGGAUCGCCGCACGGGUCGAGCCCGUCGACGCCUAGCUACGGCGAAAACAACUCCUUCUCCAGUUUCGGGCCGAGGGUGUCCAACGACUCGCACUAUGGACAAACUGGUUUCAAACUGCAGCAGGAGAAGAAGUACCAAAGCAGCAGCAUAUACGCCACGCCGCAGCUGGCGCGCCACGACGCGCUGUCGCCGUUGGCGCUGCGCCGGAACAUCGCCGCGCGCUCGCACAGCGCCGACCGCCACGCCGAGCAAGGUGGUCUAAUAGCGAGUUUGAGCGCGAAACUAGCGCCACAGUUGUCGCCACGGACCACCAGGCGGGCCAUAUCUACCAUCACUCAGGCUGACUCGCCACCGAAAAGCAAAGGAAUAAUGCCCACGGCAGUGCAGCCAGCAUUCCUAGACAAGCUCUCGGCGACGAUCCAACAGCAGAGGCGGCAACUGGACUCCACUCGAGCGAAUACCGUACGGGACAUGAUAAACGCACACGCACAGCCGGACCCUCGCGUGUGCCACACGUCUCUGAUGGAGCAAAUCAAACGCGGUGCUACACUACGUCGGAACAAGCAUUGCAAUGAUCGGUCAGCGCCGAAGAUUCGCUAAACUAUGAAGAGAGAUGGUGAGCUGUUGUAUGUACUACAAGCGACAUCUAUGUAACUGUUAUGUGAAGGUCACACUGCUUGCUUUUAAGGGUAAAAAUUUUUUUUAACCGUCGAGAGUUAUU